CCAUUGGAUGAACUGUGUAAAAUUCAUGAUAUAGCCUAUGCUGAGAAUAAGGAUUCAUCAAAACGGUACGAAGCUGACAAAGAAUUAGCACAAGGCGCAUUGAAAAGAGUAUUUUCGAAAGACGCUAGUAUUGGUGAGCGUGCAGCAGCAUUAACAGUUAGUUCGGCUAUGAAAGCAAAAACCGGUCUAUCGAAAAUCGGUAUGGGUAUAUCAAAUUCGAUAAAGCGAAAAAAGACGAAAAAGUCUAAAAAGGGUAAAUGUUCGAAGAAAAUUUCAUUUACCACAUUGGUUGCGGAUGCGCGACAAGGAAUAAAGAAAUCAAAGGCUAAAACUAUUGGUGCAGCCAUAAAAGCGGCUAUUCGAUCAGCAAAGAAAUCGAAAGGAGGAAGACAUGUAAAAGUACCUAGAAUUAUAAAAGUACCUAAAAUUACCGGCGGUGUUCUACCGCUUUUACCCAUCUUAGCUAGUUUGAGCACAUUAGGUUCUCUUGUGGGUGGGAUUGCAGCUGUUCAUAGAACAGCUAAGGAAAUAAAGAACACUAAAGCAUAUUUAGAAGAGAAUAAGCGGCACAACCAAGCCGUUGAACAGAAAUUGGGUAGCGGUCUUUACCUUAAGACGAUGAAAAAUGGACGAGGACUAUAUUUGAAACCAUACCGAAACACCUCUGGUGAAGGAUUAUAUUUGAAAUCAUUUAGAGGAUCAAAAAACUAUCGCUGA